AUUUAUCUCUGCGUAUCAUCUGGGGCUAGCCACUUCAGUGGGUAUAUCGAUAUAAGGUAAUGCUGCCUAUCAGUGCCAGUCAGUGCCGCCUAUCAGUGCCCAUCAGUGCCACCUAUCAGUGCCCAUCAGUGCUGCUUAACAGUUCCAGUCAGUGCCGCCUAUCAGUGCCAGUCAGUGCUGCCUAUGAGUGCCAUAUAUGAGUGCUGCAUUUCAGUGCCCAUCAGUGAUGCCUGACAAUGCCCAUCAGUGCCACCUACCAGUGCCUCCUCAUCAGUGCCGCCUAUCAGUGCCCAUCAGUGCAGCCUGUCAGUGCCCAUCACUGCAGCCUCAUUAG